CUUCCCUCGGAUAGGCUGGAAUUGAACGAUAGGCUGAAGGUGUUGUUUCUCGAGAAAUUGAAGGGGUUGAAGGAGGGUGUGUUGGUGGAGAAGUGGAUGAAGAAAUUGGAUUAUGUGGAAGAUGAAAUUAGAAGGAUUUCUAGCGUCUUGAGAGAUAAGGGAAGGUUGCGGGUUUUCAAUGAGCUGUGUGAGAAAAGGGAGGUUUUGGUGGGUGAGACUACCUUUAUAUCCAACAGGAUUGAGGAAUUCAGAAAUGGCAUUAGGUCUAUUGAGGAGGAUUUAUAUGCUGAUGAUGAGGGAAUGCAGGAGGCUCGAUGACGGACUGCCUAUUUAUGCCCAUCGCCGCGAGAUCAUGAAGCAGAUAUACUGCUAACAGGUGACAGUACUUAUAGGUGAGACCGGUUCAGGAAAGAGCAAGCAGUUGGUUCAGUUUCUUGCUGAUUCUGGAAUAUGUGGAGACGGUGCCAUUAUUUGCACGGAUCCAAGAAAACUUGCUGCAAUCACAUUGGCGGAGAGGGUGAAAGAUGAAAGCUUUGGGUGCUAUGAUGAUACUCCAGUUGUGUGUCACCAGUCAUAUUCAUCGCUUCAGGAGUUUGAGUCCAACGUGGUGUUUGCUACUGAUCAUUGCCUGUUGCAGCACUACAUAAGCGACAAUCAACUAUCCAUGGUAUCUUGCAUUAUUGUUGACGAGGCUCAUGAAAGGAGCUUGAACACAGAUCUCCUUCUGGCUUUGCUCAAGACUCUACUCUGUCAGAGGCCCUGUCUCAGGCUUAUCAUCAUGUCUGCUACCGUGGAUGCAGACCGAUUCUCUGAUUACUUUUUUGGCUGUAGGACCUUGCAUGUGUCUGGGAGAAACUUCCCUGUUGUUAAAUAUGAACCCUGCCAUUCUCAAGUGUCUAAAUUAAUGCCGUCGUAUGUACAUGAUGUUCUAACUACAGUAGUGAAGAUCAACAAGACUGAGAGGGAAGGCACUAUUCUCGCAUUCUUGACGUCACAGAGUGAAGUAGAAUGGGCUUGUGAGAAUUUCCAAGCUUCGUACGUUGUAGCAUUGCCCUUACAUGGAAAACUUUCAUAUGAAGAACAGCAUAAAGUGUUUCUAACCUAUCCAGGUAAAAGAAAAGUGAUAUUUUCCACCAAUGUUUCUGAGACAUCACUGACAAUACCCGGCGUCAAGUAUGUGGUUGACCCUGGAAUGGCAAAAGAGAGCAUGUAUGAACCUGCUACAGGGAUGAACAUUCUCAAGGUUAGCAGAAUCAGUCAGAGCUCUGCUAAACAACGAGCUGGUUGUGCUGGGAGAACAGAGCCUGGGACAUGCUAUAGACUCUACUCUGAAGAUGAUUUUAAAUCAAUGCUACCACACCAGGAACCAGAAAUUCGCAAGGUGCAUCUUGGCGUAGCAAUUUUAAAAAUCGUGGCAUUGGGUGUGAAGGAUCUGCAGGAGUUUGACUUUGUUGAUGCACCUAGUGCCAGUUCCAUAGAUAUGGAUGUCAGAAAUCUUGUUCAGCUAGGAGCAAUUGUGCUGAAAAACGAUGCGUAUGAGUUAACAAGUGAAGGGAAAGACAUAGUGAAGUUGAGUAUUGAGCCUCGGCUUGGUAAAAUAAUUUUACAAUCCUUCCGCCAGCGGUUGGGUAAAGAGGGUCUUGUUCUUGCUGCAGUAAUGGCAAAUUCUAGUAGCAUAUUUUGCAGAGUCGGAACGGUGGAUGCUAAGUUGAAAUCUGAUUGCCUGAAAGUGAUGUUUUGCCAUCCUAGCGGCGAUCUUUUCACAUUUCUUGGCGUUUACAGAGAGUGGGAAGCUGUUCCGCGUGAAAAGAGAAACACUUGGUGUUGGGAAAAUAGCAUUAAUGCAAAGACAUUAAGGAGAUGCCAGGACACUGUUAUGGAAAUGGAAGCUUGCCUUAAAAAUGAAUUGAAUAUCAUUGUGCCACACUAUUGGCUUUGGAAUGGUGAGCAUGAAAAAAGUUUGAAAAAAGUAACACUCUCUUCCUUGCCUGGAAAUGUGGCUAUGUACUCUGGCCACGAUCAACACGGUUAUGAAGUGGCACUAACAAAGAAACAUGUGCAGUUGCAUCCUGCGUGUUCUUUGUUCAACUUCGACCAAAGGCCGGCCUGGGUGGUUUUCUUGGAAAUAUUAUCUGUGUCAAAUGAGUAUUUGGCAUGUGUUACAGCAUGUGAUUUUGAUUGUUUUCCGACCCUGUCUCCUUCUCUACCAUUUGAUUUCUUGGCAAUGAACAGGCAACGGUUGCAGAAGAGGGUUCUAUCAGGGUUUGGAAGUGUUCAGUUAAAAAGGUUUUGUGGGAAAGCUAAUAGCAAUGUGCGCUUUCUUGAAUCAAAAGUAAGAGAGUCGUGUGCUGAUGAAAGGAUUGGUGUUGUGGUUGAUGUUGACCAGAAUGAGGUGCUUGUGUAUGCUUCUUCACAGCAUAUUGAGAGAGUGAUGGGUUUAGUUGUAGAAGCAUUGGAGUAUGAAAAGAAGCUAUUGCGGAAUGAGUGUAUUGAGGAAUUUAUGUAUGGCCCUAAGGUCUUGAACUCCGUUGCUCUCUUUGGUGCUGGUGCUGAGAUAAAGCAUCUGGAACUUGAGAACAGAUGCCUGUCUGUUGACAUAUAUCAUUCUAAUGUUAGCGCACUUGAUCGGAAAGAGCUUCUACUCUUUAUUGAGAGUUUCACUUCGGGUUUGGUUUGCUCUGUUAGCAGGUUCUAUGUCUCUAGUCAGGAAAAUGAAGAGAAGGACAAGUGGGGAAGGGUGACAUUUUUUACUCCUGAUGCUGCAGAGAAGGCUUCUGCGUUGAAUGAUGUCGAAUUUAGUGGUGGUUUGUUAAGGGUCGUUCCUUGUAUAAAAAAUCAAGACAGUGAUCUCAGAAUGAUGUCGUCCAAUCGUAUCAAAGCCAAAAUUUCGUGGCCUCGUCGGCGCAGCAAAGGGAUUGCAUUUGUGAAAUGCAAUCCAGAUGAUGUCGAAGCAAUGGUGAAUGAUCUCGCCAAUCUAGUUAUUGGUGAUACGCGUGUUUGGUGUACACCAAGUGCUAAGUUUCGAGACAGCAUUAGAAUUACUGGGCUUGACAGGGAGCUUUCUCAAGAAGAUAUACGUCCCGUCAUAAGAGCUUCGACAAGUAGGCAAAUCACGGACUUCUUUCUGUUGCUAGAGAAUGCAAAUGACGAUCUUCUACCACCACCACCGGCUUGUGAGGAUGCCAUUUUGCGAGAAAUUUCUUCCUUCAUGCCUAGAAGGAUCCAGGGUGCCCCGGUUAACGUUAAGGUAUUUCCACCAGAAGCAAAGGACAGUAUCAUGAGAGCCCAAAUUGAUUUUGAUGGAAAUUUAUAUUUGGAGGCAGCCAGGGCCCUGGAGCAUAUCGACCGAAAAGUACUACCUGGGUGUGGCUCGUGGCAAAAAAUUGUAUGUCGUCCACUGUUUAAUGGCUCUGUGUAUUGCCCUCCCUCUGUAUAUCAUGUUAUCGAGAACGAGUUUCAUCAUCCCCUCAGAAGGCUUCAGCGUGAUCCGCGUUAUCAAGGUGUAGAAUGGUGUAUGGAGAAAACCAAUAAUGGUGGCUACCGAGUAAAGAUAUCGGCUAGCGCCACUAGACUUGUUUUCGAGUUGGAAAAGUCUCUGUCGGAGCUCGUUGGAGGGACAAUUAUACAUCAUCCGGAUAUAACCCCGGCUGUUCUUGAGAUUCUUUUUUCGCAGGAUGGGGUAAUGCUUAUGAAAUCUGUUGAGGGAGGGACUGGAACGCAUAUAUUCUUCGAUAAGCAGAAAAUGACUUUGAGAGUCUAUGGUCCCCCAGAAAAGAUGGAGUAUGCACAGCAGAGUUUAGUCAAAGGUCUCCUAACCCUAUAUGACAGUAGGCAACUCGAGAUUCGACUUUGCAAUGGAGUCUUCCCUUCUGAUAUGAUGAAGAGAGUUGUUGAGCGUUUCGGGCCGGAUCUUAACGGACUUAGAGAUAAAGUGCCAGAGGUGGAGUUGUCUUUAAAUGCAAGACGUCACGCUAUAUCUGUUAAAGGUAGCAGAGCAUUGAUGCAAGAAGUCGAAAGCAUACUGCGCGAUCUUGCACAGCCAAGCGCGUUGCAAAGCCCGGAGAAUGAUCAUGAUAGUGCUUGUUUCCUCUGUCUAUGUGAAGUGGAGCCGUGCGAUUCUCACAUGCUUGAGGACUGCCAUCACAAAGCCUGCAAGUCAUGUUUGUUGAGGCAGUUUGAAUCUGUUAUCCAAAGUCGCGGACGUUUCCCGUUGCUCUGUUCUAAAUGGGAUUGCGAGGCUAAAAUCGCGGUUGCUGAUUUGAGGUCUUUGCUGUGUAAAGAGAAACUCGAUGAACUUUUCGAGGCUUCGUUGGGUGCAUACGUGGAAGCGAGUGGAGGUGCUUUGCAGUUUUGCCCGUCGACCGACUGUCCUUCAGUGUACAGAGCAGCGGGUCCCAGUGGCCCCGCUGCAGCCUUCAAAUGCGGGGUGUGCUUCAUGGAGACGUGUACCAAGUGCCACGUUGAGUACCACCCGCUCCUGUCCUGCGAGAGGUAUCGCGAGCUGAAAGUUGAUCCCGAUGUAUCGCUCAGGGAGUGGUGCAUAGGGAAAGAUAACGUGAAGACGUGCCCGGGGUGUGGGUUCACGGUUGAGAAGGUGGACGGGUGCAACCACGUUUCGUGUAGGUGCGGGAGACAUGUUUGCUGGGUAUGCUUGGAUUCGUUCGACAGGGCCGAAGACUGCACCAGUCAUAUCAGCUUUGGACACCCAAACAUGUUGUAAGAUAUGCUUCAUGUAAUAUGAAAAAUAGUGUUGGUUGCCAUUUUUAUUCCCUUUAAUUGAUAGUAAUUAUUAUGCAUUCAUCA